AUGCCGAACCCUAGAAUGCGAAAUGAGGUAGAAAAAUAUCACGACACAAUUUUGCAAUGUCUUGAUCUUGGCCAGGCACGUAAAAUUAGUUAUGCAAUUGUGCUUCCUUCCGUUCAAGGAGGUUUCAAGUGUCCCGAUUUAGAUAAUUCAUGGCCGGUAGACUUCGAUCGUCCUGUCGCUUUCGGCUCUUACGGACCUGGGCGACUGGAUCUCAAAGAUGCCUAUCUCACUAGAUACAUAUGUAUUAUCACUGUACCCCUUCAUCAGGCAGUCCAGGCAAGCGAAGGCAUAGGUAGAGAAGCGGAUAUUUGA